CCCCUGACUGUGUCUGCUAUGUGAGUGGUGGAGCAAGAGAGAAAGAGCAUGAGAGAGAAAGAGAAGGAGGAGGAGGGGGGGGGCAAGUGAGGGCUGAAGAGACUGAGAAUGGAUGGGCAACGGGAAACCGUGUGAGCGAGAGAGAAAGAGUGAGCGUGUGUGUGUGUGCGCUCAGAGUCAGCAGCGAAGACACAGAAAGUCUACAAGCUCACAUCAACAAGAGAGCGUGCGAGGCAGAGCUGACCACGGCAACUCUGAAGAGUGACACAGACGGGGGGAAAAGAGACGCGCAGAGAGACAGAGAAGAGGAAGAAUCAGCAGAAGAGGAGAGGGACUGAAGACAGACUACCAGCCUUCCACUGGUAAAAGGAGACACCACUGAGGGACUGUAGCAUCCGUCCCCCCCCUCCAGCAGCACAGAGGAGCACUGUCUCAUCUCGUGCAUGUGUUUGUGCCUGCCAACUUCAAUUUCACACUCGCCCACUGUUUUCCGUAGGUUUUGCCCUCUCCACUCCACAGCCAUGAUCCCUUGGGUCCUCCUGCUCCUGUGGAUCUCCGGACAUGGGGCUGCUAUGUUUUCCCAGCAGCCACAGGACCUGGUGGUGGUGGCAGGCCAGCCUGUGACGUUACCAUGCACUAUCCCCGGUUACCAUGGCGUUGUCCUGUGGAUCAAAGAUGGUCUGGCGCUGGGAGUUGGCAGGGACCUCUCUGGCUAUCCUCGCUACACAGUGAUUGGAGACCACGGAUCGGGAGAGCAUCAUUUGCGAAUCCAGCGUGUCGAGCUGAUGGAUGACGCCGUGUUUGAGUGCCAGGCUGUCCAGGCUGCCAUGAGGUCCCGUCCUGCCCGUCUCACUGUGCUGGUUCCCCCAGAGGACCCAGUCAUCAGUGGAGGGCCGGUGGUGAGCCUAAGGGCUGGUGACCCACUCAAUCUGACCUGCCAUGCUGACAAUGCCAAGCCGGCAGCCUCAAUCAUCUGGAUCCGCAAUGGAGAGGUCCUUAAUGGGGCCAUGUACUCCAAGACCUUGCUCCGGGAUGGCAGGAGAGAGAGCACCGUGAGCACGCUCUACCUAUCGCCUUCCAACAUCGAGACGGGUCAGCAGAUCAUCUGCAAGGCCUCCAACAAGGCCAUCCCCAAUGGCAAGGAGACCAGUGUCACAAUCGACAUCCAACAUCUCCCACUUGUCAAUCUCUCAGUGGAGCCUCAGCCCGUUCUGGAAGGAAACCUUGUGAAGUUCCACUGCUCUGCAAAGGCCAACCCGCCUGUCACACUCUACAGGUGGGCCAAAGGAGGGAGCAUAAUCAAGGAGGUCUCUGGAGACACGUAUGAGGUUAUCGUGGACCACUCCUUCUUUACCGAACCUGUUUCCUGCGAGGUUACCAACCCUCUUGGCAGCACCAACAUCAGCCGCAAUGUUGACGUCUAUUUUGGGCCUCGCAUGGCUGCAGAGCCUCAGUCCUUGCAGGUGGACCUUGGAUCUGACGCCGUGUUCAACUGUGCCUGGACAGGAAAUCCCUCUCUUACCAUAGUGUGGAUGAAGAGGGGAUCUGGAGUGGUUCUUAGCAAUGAGAACCUCCUGACACUGAAAUCCGUGAGACAAGAAGAUGCUGGGAAAUAUGUUUGCCGCGCAGUGGUCCCGCGUGUAGGAGCGGGGGAGAAGGAGGUUUCUCUCACUGUCAAUGGCCCGCCGACUAUCUCCAGUACACAGACUCAGCAAGCUUUACACGGAGAAAAAGGACAAAUCAAAUGUUUCAUUCGGAGUACACCUCCUCCAGACCGCAUUGCUUGGUCAUGGAAGGAAACCGUGUUGGAGUCUGGGACAUCUGGCCGCUACACCGUGGAGACCGUCACCACAGAAGAGGGAGUAAUCUCCACACUGACCAUGAGUAACAUCGUCCCAGCUGACUUCCAGACCAUCUACAACUGCACCGCGUGGAACAGCUUUGGCUCGGACACCGAGAUCAUACGCCUUAAGGAACAAGGUGGGAGCCAAGAAUCUCUCCCAGUGGCGGUGAUCAUCGGCAUUGCUGUGGGAGCUUUUGUGGCCCUCAUUGUCCUCAUGGGCACCAUUGGAGCGUUCUGUUGCACCCGCUCCCAGAGAAAGGAAGCGCACCUGGUUAUGCCCUCACUGCCCGUCUCCAUCUGUGCUCACCAGAGAGAACUUGCAAGCAAAAUUAAGACAGAAAAUCUGAAAGGAGUGGUGUCGGCGAAAAAUGACAUCCGGGUGGAGAUUGUGCACAAAGACCACAACGCGGCGCGAGAAAACGAAGAACACACCUCCAUGAAACAACUGAUGGUGAGUGUUGAACGAGGAGAGUUCCAGCAGGAGUCUGUUCUGAAGCAGCUGGAGGUAUUACAAGAGGAAGAGAAGGAGUAUCAGCACAUUAAGGAUCCUACAAAUGGCUACUACAGUGUCAAUACCUUUAAGGAGCAUCACACGCCCACCAUGGCUGGGAAUCAGUCCACCGAGGUGAGGAACCCCACCAACACAGGUACCCUGGGCAAACAGCGGGUACCAACGGGCAUGUCCUUCACCAACAUCUACUCCACUCUGGGAGCAGGUCCCAACCGUCUCUAUGACUACAGCCAACGCUUCGUGCUGGGCAUGGGCAGCAGCUCUAUUGAGCUGUGUGAGCGGGAGUUCCAGCGCGGCUCGCUCAGCGACUCCAGCUCUUUUAUUGACACGCAGUGUGACAGCAGCGUCAGCAGCUACAGUAAGCCGGACGGCUACGUGCAGUUCGAUAAAGACAGCAAGGCGUCAGCCUCCUCCUCCUCCCACUAUUCCCAGUCCUCCUCGCAGAACUCAGACCUCACCCGGCCACUCCAGAAGCGCAUGCAGACCCACGUCUGACCACCAGGGGAGGGAGAGCGUUUGAACGGGGUGUAACAAGCAGCCAGGAUUGUAAAACUGUGACAGAAUCAGCUCCGAGGAGCCCCUUAAGUAACGUUGUUACUGUUUCCUCUGGACACCGGGAGAUGCAGGGGCUGGUUGGCUUUAAUACACCAUGUGACUUGUUCAGACUUCUCAGUGUCCCAAAAAGUGGAUCAAGAAGCCUUAUAUUUCCCUCAUGCUUAACUCAUCAACCACCUCCUUUUUUAGCCCAUCAUCAGAACUGUGCCACAGAGAGGUUAUUUGCCAACACAGAGACAACACAAUUUUGGAAUAUGAAUAUUCAACACUUAGUUUCGGCAGUGGAAUUGGGCAGGAAUACUACAAAGGCUUUGUGUGACAAUCAGAAACCCCGGCAAAGACCAUUUUUUGCCUUUUGAAGAUUGUCAUUCAGAAAAACUGAGACUGUUGUUACAAGUGUUGAAACACUCAGCACGAACGUCACGAUAAUGAGUGCGAGCCCAUGUCCUGCUGCUCCCUUGUAGUUUGAAGCACAAAAAUGAAUGUGCAUGUGGUUUUUAGUUGUUAAAGCAAUAACUCUUUCCUCUCCCCACCUUCCUUUUCAAACACUGUAUGUUAAGCUCGGCUUGUUGAAACUUGUCCCCUGUGUGGGUGGAAGAAAACUUUCUCCAUGUGCCCACAGACGUCUCAAACGUUUAAAAGAGCGACUGUUUUUCUCUCCGCAGCAGUAUCUGGGCCACAGAGCUGGGCAGAUAAAGAGGGGCUGAGAUCUCAUUUUAAAUCCCUGAGUCAUUAUUUUACUGUGACACAAAAAGAAUAUCAGUGUACAUACGUGACUGUAAUUUCUUUUUCUAGCAUCUAAUUUCCCUCACGGAGGACUCUAAAUGAGACAUGAGCGCCUCUUCUUGUCCAUAUCUACUUUGCCUUGAGGGUCUGUUUGAUCUGUGUCAAUACAAACUUUGACUAAGCGAGAUAGACAUACACUAUCAGCUCUUCUGUUGAUGGGGAGCUGCAUCCUCCACGGUGUUACCACACCAAAUCCAGCUCCGAGGCAUGUGGCAGGAAAGCCCACAAACUGCAACAUGUGUUGUACUUGUGAGUUUCUCCUGCAAACGCCACAGAUCGUCAGCCAUAUACUUGAGGGUACCUGUUGAAUGAAAUGUAAACAUUAUAUUUUAGCUGAGCUUCUUAUUGUGUGGUUAUCCCAUUGCUAUUGUCAAUAUCAUUGUUGACACUGGAGCUUAGUGCACCCUGACUGUAUACCUACCUAUGAUCGUGCCGGUCAUCAAGGGACAUGAAGAACAAAUUUAGAAAAUGUGUUUUAUUUUGCUCUUUGCUGUUCAUGUGUUUGGCUACUGUGGAGCUGAUGGUGUCACACUGACUCUUUUCAAGUGCAUCCUUUUUUUUAUUUUGUUCUGUUCUGCACUGUAUGUGACAUAUAUGAAAUUGGAUUUAUUGUUUAAUCACUGACACUGUAUUUGUUUUAGUUGAGAGUAGAGACAGUAGUGAUUUAACUCGCAGCUACACAAUUGCUCAUACUUCACUGAAGAUUUCAGAGUGAGCCUGUCGUCAAGAGUGUCGUAGUCAUUCAUUGUGCAAAGUGAUGACUGGAGAGUGUUGC